CCUCCGCCUCCGCUGCCUUCUUUUUCUUUCCCCGACUCCCCGUGCGCAUUUUCGCAUCGGCGCCGACAUCAAUAACACCAGAAGCACGCACCGAAGCGAAGGAGGGAGGGAGGGAAGCAGGCGAGCCGCUGUCUACUUCCUCUUCUCGCGGAGCCUCCUCUCGCCUGUGUAGGAGUCCAUGGCUGCUGCUGCUGCGGCGGCGGAGACCUCGGAGGCGUCCGCGGCCGGGAUCGCGCUCGCGGAGGCCAACAUCAACUGGGAGAGGUUGGAUAAGACAAAGUUUCAUGUGAUCGGAGCUAUCCUUUUUACAGCCCAACAAGGUGCUCUGCACCCGACAGCUGUUGUGAAGACCAGGAUGCAGGUUGCCGAAGGAGGGCUUGCACACAUGUCUGGAUUUACCCUUUUUAGGAGGAUAUUGAGAAGUGAUGGCAUCCCUGGUGUUUUCAGAGGCUUUGGCACCUCCGCAGUUGGAGCUCUUCCUGGGCGAGUCCUAGCUCUAACUUCACUGGAGGUCUCCAAAGAAAUGGCUUUUAAGUACUCUGAACGUUUUGAUAUGUCGGAGGCAACAAGGAUUGCUGUAGCAAACGGCGUGGCAGGCCUAGUGUCAAGUAUCUGUUCAAGCUCAUAUUUUGUGCCUCUAGAUGUGAUUUGCCAAAGGCUCAUGGUUCAAGGAUUGCCGGGGAUGGCAACAUAUAGGGGUUCAUUUGAUGUGAUAAAUAAGGUUGUCAGAACUGAAGGGAUCCGGGGACUUUACCGAGGUUUUGGAAUUACCAUGUUGACUCAAUCACCAGCUUCUGCCCUUUGGUGGAGUGCAUAUGGUGGUGCUCAGCAUGCUAUUUGGAGGAGCUUGGGCUAUGGAAAUGAUUCGCAAACGAAACCAUCUCAAUCAGAACUUGUUGCUGUCCAAGCAACGGCAGGAACAAUUGCUGGUGCUUGCUCGUCAAUUAUCACCACACCAAUAGAUACCAUUAAGACACGGCUUCAGGUGAUGGACAACUAUGGUAGCGGUAGGCCAUCUGUCAUGAAAACUAGCAGGCUGCUGCUAGAGGAAGAUGGAUGGAGUGGUUUUUAUAGAGGGUUUGGUCCGAGGUUUCUUAACAUGUCUUUGUGGGGUACAUCAAUGAUUGUAACAUAUGAACUCAUAAAGAGGCUCUCAGUGAAACCGGAGUGACAUGGUUUCGUUCCAAUUAGGUGUUUAAAUCUUGAAGACGAUCCUUAUCUACACUGGCAACCUAGUGAGUUCAUUUCGGGAAAAGGAUCGUCGAGUACAUCCUGUAGGGAAUUCCUGACGCAAAUCCCCGCAUAGAUGCAUAGCAUGUCUCCGUAUGAAGCUCACAUUGUAUAUAUCUGCGCUAAAGGUGAUUUUUUUUCAGAAUGUAGCAGCCAGCCUCUUUAGGAUGUAAUAGCCAGAGGUCGAGAGCUUGUUCUGGCUAAUAGGGGCACCUUACAGGUGUGCCUGUACGUGGUUCAGCAAAAUUUUGGCAACGAAUUUUGUAUUUUCAAAUUCCAGAAUGAAAUGUCAAGUUGUCGGC